AUGCGCCUCCUCACCGGCGACCAAAACGAAUCGUUUCAGUUCAGUCCCCAGUCCUUCGCCUGCUUCGGGCCCACCGUCCUCGUCGAAGGCUGCGACCGAGAUUGCUCCAUCUCCUGGGUCCACGCCUGGACCGUCACUCAUGGGAUAGUCACCCAGGUCAGGGAGUACUUCAACACUUCCCUCACCGUAACCCGCCUCGGUAACAACACCUCUCCCUCUUCCUCCGCGCAAUCCUCGCCGUCCAGAUUCUCUUCCAAGUCCUCCUCAUCGACGGCCGAGAUUACCUCGUUCCAUUGCCCGUCCGUUUGGGAGAGCAGCGUCUCCGAUCGGGUCGGGAAGUCCGUGCCGGGUCUGGUCCUCGCAAUCUAA